UCUUGAACGAUCCGUCGCCAUCUGGCUGGCGCUGCUCAAAGCAGAGUUGUAGUGCUUGACACUAAUAAGUAGUUUCUUUUUUAUGAAUUUUAUUUUUUCAAGGUCAUUGUUUAAUCACAAUUUUUUAACAUAAAGCAGAAGGGAGAAGUUUGCGUUUGAUUCAAAUACCGUGUGACGUCAUCGGUGAAGUGCAGACCGGCAUUUUGAAAGACGUGUAUGGUUCUGCGAGCGUCCGUUUUUCAAAGACUGUCCCGGUAAUACCAAAGCACCGAGAAUGGCCACAGAUGGCUUACAGAAAUCUAGGUUGCAGCACUUCAAAAACAAAGGCAAAGAUCAAGAUGAGAUGCGGAGGCGGCGCAACGAGGUCACGGUGGAGCUGCGGAAGAACAAGCGGGAUGAGUCGCUGCUCAAGCGGCGCAACGUGCCCCAGGUGGACUCUACGGACGAGGAGGAGGCCGACCGCUCCCACACUGACCUGCAGACCAUCGUGCUCAACGCCAGCAGCAACGACCCCAACCUGCAGCUGAGCGCCGUACAGUCGGCCAGGAGGCUACUGUCGAGCGACCGUAACCCGCCCAUCGACGACCUCAUCCACUCGGGGAUCCUGCCCAUCCUGGUGCAAGCCCUGCGUCGGCACGACAACCCCUCCCUGCAGUUUGAAGCGGCAUGGGCACUCACAAACAUUGCGUCCGGCACAUCGCAACAGACGCAGGCAGUCGUAAAAGCAGAUGCGGUACCUCUGUUCCUGGACCUCUUGAGGUCGCCACACCAAAAUGUCUGCGAACAGGCGGUGUGGGCCCUGGGAAACAUCAUCGGGGACGGCCCCCAGCUGCGAGACUAUGUGAUCCAGCUGGGCGUGGUGGAGCCUCUGCUGUCCUUCAUCAAGCCCUGCAUGCCCCUGACCUUCCUGCGCAACGUGACUUGGGUCAUCGUGAACCUGUGCCGCAACAAGGACCCGCCCCCUCCUCUGGACACCAUCAAGGAGAUCCUGCCCUCCCUCUGCCUCCUCAUCCACCACACCGACAACAAUAUCCUGGUGGACACGGUGUGGGCGCUGUCGUACCUCACGGACGGUGGCAACGACCAGAUCCAGUGGGUCAUUGACUCCGGGGUGGUCCCACACCUUGUGCCCCUGCUCAGUCACAAGGAGGUCAAGGUGCAGACGGCAGCGUUGAGGGCGGUGGGCAACAUUGUGACAGGCACAGACGAGCAGACGCAAGUGGUCCUAAACUGCGACGCCCUCACUCACUUCCCCGCGCUGCUCACACACCCCAAGGAGAAGAUCAACAAGGAGGCAGUCUGGUUCUUGUCCAACAUCACGGCAGGGAACCACCAGCAAGUCCAGGCGGUCAUUGAUGCAGCACUCAUUCCAAUGAUCAUCCACCACCUCAGCAAGGGCGAGUUCCAGACGCAGAAGGAGGCUGCCUGGGCCAUCUCGAACCUGACCAUCAGUGGCACCAAGGCCCAGGUGUCGUACCUGGUGGAGCAGGGCGUGGUGGCCCCCCUUUGCAACCUCCUCACGGUCAGGGACCCCCAGGUGGUACAGGUGGUGCUGGACGGCCUCAACAACAUCCUCAAGAUUGCCGGCACACAGUUCUACUCCAUCGCCAGCAGCAUCGAGGAGUGCGGGGGCCUGGACAAGAUUGAGUCCCUGCAAAACCACGAAAACGAAGAAAUCUACAAGCUGGCGUACGAGAUCAUCGACCAGUAUUUCUCGGACGACGUGGACGAAGACCCCUCGCUGAUGCCCCAGACGUCCGACCAGGGCUACCAGUUCGACCCCAACGCUUCGAUCCCGACCGAUGGGUUCAAGUUCUGAUCGGCCCCCGACGGCAGAUCGCCCCCCCACGGCAGCCGCAGGUCACCGCGCAAGCGGAACGCGGCGACGGAAGCGACGGCGCACGGCAGCACCCCGGGCGGAUCCUAGAAGCGACGGGGGCACCCAUGGGACGGCUCGGAACGGCGGAGAAGAAAGAGGAGAGACGUACGAUCCUGGGAGCAGGGGAAUGCGGAAGCGAGCUCCGCAAUGCGGGCCGGAGAUGAAGCAACGGACACCAGUGUGGCAAAGGUGGCGGGAGAAACAACAAGUCGGAGGAGACUAUAGUGUUUGUGGGGAAGGCCGUUGCAGUCCCCCCCCCCCUCCCCACACCACCGAGUUCCAGGAACCGGGUCGUUCGCUCCCCACCAUGCCUCUGCUGCCCCUUUCCCCGGUCGUGGUCAGUAAUCUCCCCCCCCCCCUCUUCCAGAUUUUCCCCGGCUGGCUCUUUGAGAAAGUAGUCUCUCUCUCUAUGUGCAGUCCCCCUCUUCCUCAUUUUUUUUUUUUUUUUAAUUUUUGUUUUACUCGGCAGUGCCGCUCGUUGAGAGAGACACCGGUGCGCUCGGCGGCGUUAGUGUUUUUAUAUUGUUUUUUUUUAUGCGUUUGUAUCGAGUGUGUGGGUGAGAAGUGAAGGUUUGGCAGGUUACAUGCGUCGCCGCAUCACCCUUGCCCUAGGGGAAACGGGACGCCGAACCGACAAAGGUCUCCAAGGAAACGAACCCCGAGGUGUUUUGUGGAGAAGAGUCAGACACGUCGACGCGUUUCCGGUAGGAUUCCACUAAGCGCUUUAUUUGCGUGUUGUUUUUGUUUGUGUACGUGGGCGUUUCAGUUUUUUGCUCGUGCGCAUUGCCGUUCGGUGUUUCUACGUUUCCGGCUUCCCGAUGGGAGGAGAGAGAAGCUUGUCUACCCCUUCGUAUUGCAAACAAAUCUUUGCAAGAGAAAAAAAGAAGACAAAAAUCGCCAACUUCACGAAAUGGGUGAAAACUCGCCGAUCAAAACUAUGAACCACGGAGGACGAAGGUUGCAUUUUUCUGCGGCGAGGUGGACGGGGCGGUGGCGGUGCAGCAAAGAAGCAAAGAAAGGGAAUAAUCAGUCGUUCAUCUAGGUGCCUUAAGUUCCACGCAGCUCCGCCGGCGCGUCCCAAAAAACUAAAAGGAGGAGGAGAAAAAAAAAGUGGCCAAUGCAGACGUCAAGUGCGGCAUCAAAAAUCGGCACACAAGUACCGAACCCAACGAGAAAGCAAAGUGCCAAGUCACAAACGUGGGAAUUCGAGGAAGAAAGCAAGAGGACGGUCUACCCCUUGCCCAGCCCCUCUUCUAGUUUUCUAAAAUGUUUCAAGCCUAGCUAGAAACCCUUUUUUUUUUUUGUGCGUUCCUUUUGGGUGCGACAAAAGCAUCUGGGUUUUGCACGCAGCAUCCAAAACGACUUCCGACCGAGAGGCGUUUCCUCCCCGUGUAAAUAUGAUCAGCAGCACAUGUUCCGGUACCUGCGGGAGCGAGUCUUCCUUGGAUUGUUUUUUAACGUUUAGCGCGGACUAAAUCGUUGCCUCGCUUGUUGUGUCGUCGAUUGCACACAAAGUUGUUUUGGGCUCCGGCUCGCUUCGCGUGUCCUCGAGAAAUGUUAGGUGUUUAUAUGCUGUACACAAAGUAACAAAUUGUAAAGCUACGUGAAGACACAUCUCGGUUGUGUCACGAUUGGGCAGAAGCUUGGCCAAACAUUCUGUUCGGGCGGAGUUGGCAGGUGUUCUCAAGCUGCCCUUGCAGCGACGUUCCGUUUUGAAUCUGCGGAAAACCCAGAGGCUUCUAUAGUGCGGGGUCCCACGGCAUCCUGAAUUACACCGGUCGCGGCUGUUCGGGUGUUUCUGAGGGACGUGGGAGACGCAGAGCUAGCUAGAAGCGCAAUCUGGCUUAGAUUCCUUCUGAACGGUUCUCAGCUGGUGCUCCAAGCUUUCUAUACCUUAUGCAAUAUUAAAGUAUUCCGGGGCUUCACUUCAACAAGAGCAUUGACCUUACCUCCUGUGUGUCCAGUGUUGAGUGCUCUUUUAACCUGUCUUAGGUAGGUUGGUUCAGCUGACUAAUUGCCUUCAAAGAAGUUUUUUUUUCUUUUUUUGUUAGACUUCGUUUUAUAAAUGCAAUUAGGACAUUGGGUUAGUUCUGUUGCAUACAACAAAAUGGGACGUGUAACGGCGAAAAUUGUCGCUCGUCAAAGUAUAAACUGUCUCGUUGAACCCUUCUCCUGGAUUCCACCCGUGAUGCAUGUCCAUUAUUUUUACGUGGUCUGCUCUUUCAAAACUGGCAGCCUGCCUUGCAGACUUGUGGGGGUUUAGGCUAGUACUUGCUCAAGCAACUUGCUCUGCUUUUUGGCAGUGAACAAUUGCGGUAGUCUCGGAACGGUGGGGAGACUAGGAAAGUUCGGCAACCGAGCUGCGCGAUUACUAUUGAAGCCUUCCAAGCGUCCAUCCUAAAAAUCGAAUAAGCGCACCGCCUUGUGAUAUCAAUGCUGUCCAGACAAAGAAAAAAAAAAAAAAGGUGUCUCUCUCGCCUUGAAGGACAGUCUUUUUGGGGGACUCUUAGAGCAGUGGCUACCGUCGUAGCGGGGCUACACUUUGGACGUUUUCUCCUGUAGCAUUCCUCCUCUGCAGCUAAGUUUAGCAACCUCGCAGGACGGCCACACAUGCUUUGUGUGCGUGUGUGAAUGUGCACAUGUGGAACUAGUACGAACUUUCCCGAGAUUUCACGGUGACCCGUGCGCUCUCCUCCACCUGCGUUUUUGUCGUUGUCCGAAUUGGCCGCUCACCGAAGCGUCGCACGUAGAUUGAUGAUGCCACAGGUGUUAGCUUCUAGCCUUAAAUUAUUAUUUUUUUGCUGCAGGAGGAUUAUGUAUUUUUUUAAAAAGGGUGGGACUGGAGGCUUUCUCUCUCGUUCUUUUGUUUUAAAACUGGUCUGCCCUAUACCUCUGAGUGUGCAGUGCAUAAUUUUCCAGUUUGGUGUCGCGAUGCUCCCGUCGCGACUGUCUCCUCGGCGGUCGGUCUUUGUAGGGAAAACAAAUGUGUCCCAGAGGGGGACCAUUGUACAUACACUGGAAAGCAAAUACGACUUGUAAAUUUAUUCCGAAAAGGGAUAGAAAUUUGUUUUCCUUGCAAAGAUGUCUCGUGCCUAGUGAGGGCCACCUUUAGGUUUACAAAGAGUAAGUGAAAUUGUAAAUUUUUUUUUUUAUACUGUAUAGUAUGUGCUAUUUAAAUUGGGCACACAAUCUAAAGGGUUUAUUGGGAACACCCCUUGUAAACCGAGGUGCCAUGGCAAAUAAAAGUUUGGUAAUCCA